UGGUAAUGUCGCAGAAGUUCACCGAAGCAUUCUCGAAGUUUGGCCCGCAAUUGGCGAAGGCGAUCACGGUCGGGACCGUGGGGAUCGGCGGCUCGGUCUGGGCUUUUAAGAAUUGCCUUUUUAACGUCGAUGCCGGUCAUCGAGCCAUCAAGUUCUCCAGACUCAGCGGUAUCCAAGAAGACCUCUACUCUGAAGGAACUCACGUGAUGGUACCUUGGUUCGAAAGACCGAUCAACUUCGACAUUAGAACUAAGCCCAGAACGCUGGUGUCCCUCACGGGUUCCAAGGAUCUCCAGAUGGUCAGCAUUUCCCUACGAACACUGUGUCGUCCUAGAGAAGAUAAACUACCGGCUAUAUACCGCUAUGUUGGUACCGACUAUGAUGAGAAGGUCCUACCGUCCAUCAUCAAUGAGGUUUUGAAAUCGGUCGUUGCGCAGUUCAACGCUUCGGAGUUGGUCACUCAGCGAGAGGUCGUGUCUCGUCGUAUUCGACAAGAGUUGGUCGAACGCGCCCGAGAAUUCAACUUGAUUCUGGACGAUGUCGCUAUUGUUGAUCUCGCUUUUUCUCCAGAAUAUGCGGGCGCGGUUGAGCAGAAGCAGGUAGCUCAACAGCAGGCUGAAAAAGCGAAAUAUCAAGUGUUGAAGGCCCAGGAAAUGAAGAAGAAUAUUAUCAUCAAGGCUCAGGGUGAAAUGGAGUCUGCCAAGAUGAUUGGUUCGGCGAUCCAGAAUAAUCCCGGUUUCGUAGAAUUGAGGCGAAUUGACGCCGCAAAGGAAAUUGCUCAUCACAUGGCAGUGAGCCGAAAUAAAAUGGUACUCAACUCUGACUCACUCUUGUUGAAUCUAAUGAGCGGUGGUAAAGAGAGAUUGGCGAUGGACUGAUCGUCGAGGAAGCAUUAAUACUAGAGAAAGAAGGAAAGCAGCGUCGUUUCUAGUAUGU